GAGGUUCUGUUCACUCACUUUGCAUUUUGUUAAUUGAUAAAUAUAAUCCUUUAACAUUAACAACACACUGUUUUUGAAAGCAUUUUACUUUAGAGCAUUUUUUCCACACCCGCCAUAAACUUUUGCACAGUGCUGUAUAAUGCUCACUACUGCCCACACCUUACAAUCAUUAGUGAACAAAGAAGACAACAGCACCAGUGCACCACUAAAUGAGCAUCAACAUUACAGUGCUUUGUCAUCCUACAGCCAUAACUUCUUUUAUGGCUCUCACAGGCACACAGUGUGGGUAAUUAGCCUGGCUGUCACCACACCAGUGGGAAUGAAAGGGCACCUCGUGACCUCUGGGUCAUGCUGGAUCAAAGGUCACUUUAGGGCCAACGGUAAGACCGGUGAGCACACAUGAGCCUCAUUAUAUUUUUCAGUGUAUCUUUGAGUUUAACGACCUACAGUGACACAGUAGAUUAUGUAAAAGAGGAGUAAACAGCAGCCUUAGAGAGCCGGAGACGAGGUCUGGCUGCCCUCUCCUCUUUGCAGCAUUACUGUAAGGUUGAAGGGUGAACGUGGCUCCGGGGACACGAGCCAGUGGAUGGUGAUGGGCUUACUGAGAGUGACAUUUAAGAUAGAAAUGACAUCAAGUGUGGCACCGCUGUGCCCUGUGGCAAGCCACCACAUGGAGACAAUGUCAGCAUGAUCUGACUUAGCCCCAGAAUGCUGUGGAUCCUCUACCCCUCCCACGCUGUACACACACCCACACACAUACACACAUAUCUCUUACACAUGUCAACUGCAUCUCAUGUCAAGUGACAGUUAACAAGACCUGCCACCUUCCAGAUGUGGAUGUGCUGUUCUUGCCUUAGGGCGGAUUUAGCUGCAUGAGAUUUGUAUGAAAUACACAAUAAAUGUUCUCCUAUUUUGGGGCUUUUUUUGGGAUAUUCUAUUUUUUAGCAGUGGGAGCACUGAAGCAAAAAUCUCAUUGCUGCAUUUAAAAUUGUAUCUAUCCAACUCGGCUCUACCUAAGCUAAAUGUGCUCAGGAUGAGCAGAGGCGUCUUACUGUAGCAGCAGUGUUCAAGAAAAUAGAUUUCAUAACAUAUGAGAGCAAAACAGGGGGUGGGGGGAAUGAAUUACAGUUGUUGGGAUGAGUGGCUGCUUCCCCAGUAAGCUCUCAGUAUCCGCAAACCUCAAAAUUCAAUUAUCUUAUUCAUACAUGGCACAAUGACCUUUGACUUAACAUUCAAAUGGUCAAUUUCAGUAGAACUCACAGAGCCACAGGAGGCAUGAGAAAUUGUUUAUCCUUUUGCUGCAAGCUUAUCUUGAACUAGGGUUAUAUUUUACAAGAGAUCUGUUUUGUGUCCUACAUAAGUCAUCAGAACUACAACUCCCAAGGAGAAUGGAGAUCAGAUAGGGAGGUCCGGCACCAAGGACAGGGAAGCCAUUUAAAGGUGACAUUUCAGUCAACGCAGCAGAUGCUGCCAAUCUGUCUUUCCUCUGCUCUAUCUCUUGCCCUUGUUUUACAUCCCUAUCUAUUUCUCUCUCCACCUCUCCCCGCCUCUCUAGCUCACUCUCUCUUCUGGCUUUCUUUUGCUUUCCUCCUCUUUCUCAUUUUGCUUCUCCUCCCUCUCCUCUCCCUCCUCUCACCAUCCCCCGCUCUGUGGCGCGCUGACGAGGCAGUAGGGAGGAAGCAGUGUAAUAAAAGGAAGCGCUAAUGAAAGGUUGAGCGGGGUCAACGUACUCACAUACCUUUGCCGGACAAGGGGAAGAGAGGUCAUUUAUUCCAAGGGGACAAACUGUUUCACUUUUUGACUGGGGGGUGAUAAAAGUUCAAAAGGUCGUAAUAAAGGACAACAGGUCGUAGCCUCUGGGCUGAGAUUCUGUGUCCUGGGGUCAGAGGUCAGCGCAGGAAUGCUGGGUAGAUGGGAGGUUGAGAGCAGGGUCAAAGGUGUAGUCUCCAUCCCCUGAUUGUAGGAACACGCCUGAGUAAAUUGUGAAUUGUACUGUGUUAUUCCUGAGACUAGAGGUCAAACUGUACCUACAGCAGCAGCAGGUUUAGGUUGAAGGUGUAACUGUGAUUUAAUAUUAUAAUUACACACAGCGGAAGGCGUUUAAUAAGAGCUGAAGGAUCAUAUUAUAUUCAGACUGUCAAAAGAAGAAUUACGGCGUUUAAUUAAGCUUUUCAAGAAUAACUGUCGCUGCAUUGGAUACAAUUUAUGCAACUAAUAUAAGAUCCCAUGACAGCCAUUCUUCCAAGGCUCUUGCAUACUCCGGCUUAUUACAAAACUGAUAUUGAAUAAUUUAAAUAAACACGUGUAGAAUAUUUAACAUUGUGGAAGAUAAAGCUAAAAAAUUUCCAUUUUCAUUCUUUGCUCCUUGACAUUACUAAUAUGAAGUACUGGGGUAGGGCACCAUAUUUCUGGUCACCUAUUUUUCACUUGGUAUAAAUGUCAUUUUCCAUGGCUGCUUCUCAAUAAAAGCAAACUAAAGACCAUUAGGGCUUAUUUUACAUACAAACAUUUUAACCAUAUGCAAACAUCAUAAUCUAACCUCUGUGCACCGCCAUACCACGCAGAAAGACUAAACAAGUUACUAUUUCUUUGCCACCCCAAAGGGAGUACUGACCUCAGCCUGGCCACCCCUAUGUUAGGUCUGGCUCCGCCACUGAAUGACGGAUGAGAGAAGAUCAGAGACACUUUGAAAUCAGUAGGUGUGACGCUGCCAUCUACAGGAGCAAUAUAAAACAGCCAGACUAAAGUCGGCGUUCCAGUUCCAGGAAAUGAUACAAUGACUGACAAGAGGUUAAUGUGAUGAUUAAGAUCAAAGCAAGAAGACUCUGGCAGAAGUGAGUGGGUAUAUCUGAAAGAAAAGGGAUUCGUGGUGUUAGUUUAAUUAGACUGCACAGUAAAUUACAGAAGUUUGACCUGGUGAUUGUUCUCUGUGUGCGAAGGGCUCAGACACUGAAUUGCUCCUUGGGCAGGGAAGAGUGUCAACUACAGUAAAUAGCUCAAAUCUUGCAAAGUUAAAAACAUUGUUAAUAGCUCAUGAUGCAUUGUGAUGUUUCACCGUGAGGCUUUUUCUUUACUGUGCUUCAGUCUCUUCUGGACACAAAAGACAGCGGAGAUUAUUUUUGUCAUUGCUGAUUAUUGGGUAGGAACACUCAGGGAUUAAAGUGAGGCCUGCUGACUCUGUAAACAUUUAAACAUGUAUUCCUGACCACUCCCAGUAGAGGGCAGUACACUGUUCAAACCACAAAAAUGGCCUUUUGAUGAGGGGUAAUUAUUUUCUAAUGUGCAUAGGAUCUCUACAUGAUGAAACUGGUACAGUUUGAACACGUCUUGUGGAGGAGUGUUGCUAUUUCAGAUCUCCUUCGAUGGACCCAAUCAUAAUAAUCCAACGGAAAGUGUGUUUGCAUUUCUUGGUUCCUAUGGGCAACAGUGAAAUCACUCAUUGUUUUUUCAACUGAGCACAAAGUCUGAGUGAAACAUGAGCCUCCACCAAAAGGCUGUGAUAUCCAUUUUCAUAUCCAAGUGUUUUUUCAACAAUCUGCAUACAUUUGCCUCCAUUUAAGUGAAAUAAUAUCACUUAUUUAAUUUGCAUGGACAAGAGCAAUGUGUAAAACUUGUGAAAUAAAAACAUAAACACGUUAUUUAAAGACAAAUAAAUAAAAUGAAUAGCUGUGGGGUGGUGCAACAGCUCAUUUUUUCCUCUUUUUGUUUUCCACAAACCAUUGCUGCCUUGUACCCAAACACAAGAAGUAUUUCUUGCUCACUUCAAUUUCAAUUUUAAUUCAACACACUUUUUUGGCAGUGGUGCUAUUCCCCCAGUGAUCAAAAUGAGGUGGUUGAAGCCACAAACAAUUCUGUACUUAAAUCUGGCGAAUCUUAGCAGUGUCACCAUGAUUUCACUGAUCAGGCGCUGUAUGUUUGUUAAAAAUAUCUGAAAAUCACAUUCAUAUUUCAAUAAAUAUGCAUGAAACAACAUAAGAUUGAUCACAUUGAUGACACUGUAAACCUUCAGAAAACCUUCUAUUGCAAGGUAAUGUUCAGUUUUGGUAAAGAAUUGUUAAAACACACUAUGAAUGGACAUUGCAACCAACUAAGUAUGUUUUUAAAAUGUCAACAGACAUUAAUAAUAAUGCAGAGUAUUUUUUUCUGCCACUAGAAGGAGGCCACCUGAACAGGUUUGGUCAUAAAACUGCAAAGCACUGUUUGGAUGUUUUGGGGCCUGACAUAAUUCAGCCGAGUUCUAGAGAUGGCUCAAUCAGGUUGACAUCAAAUUUUUAAACAUGAUAUCGCAAAUCAGUACCUCAUCUCUACCAGAUGUUCUGCAGCGCGUCACAAUCCAGCAGCAGCAGCAGCAGCCGUAACAUAUAAAUUAUGCAGCCAUAACAUUUGAAUAUGCUGCAGCACUAAUAGCUACUUAGAGGCUUGUGUCUUAAGCCAGAUGAGCUACAAUGGGCUCGAGGUGAAAGGUAGCCCGGAGGUUAGACAGACCAUUACAACUGCUGAGUUGCGCUUGUAGUGGGCGGCAUCCUGAAAAUAGCUUUCCUGUUUCAUAUUAAUAUGUGAAAUCCAAGGAUUGCAUCAUUAUCAUCAGAUGCUAGUGGAGUGCACUAAGAAAGGUGAAAUAUUAGGGACCCAAAGUCAGAAUCUAGGCCUCUGCUGCUUCUUAUUUUAAUCUGUCCUUCGUCAGUGUCCAGACUUUAUGAAUGUAAAAUGCUACAUAGCUGGAGCACCGCUUUAAUCACAAAUUUAAAUAUGUAUAUACAAAAUUGCUAUUCCAGAUUUAAUUUGCAUUGCAAUCUAUAAAAUGUCAUUUUUUAGUAAAAUGAAACCCUUCUGCAGACACUGUAGGAUAAAUAACAGAAAGCCUCUUGAGUGAAAUAUAGGUAGCAUAUGUGUUUCUUAUUACCAUAGAAACAUCGUUCUCAUUGUCUGACCUAAUUCUGCAGAGGAGCUCUGAUCACAACAACAUAAAAGGUCUUCUUUAUCUCUGGAUGAGAGACAAAAAAGACAGACAAGAGAAGGUGUAGACAACUGUACAGGGGAGGGGGGGGGAAUCAAGAGAAGAUUCACAUUGAGCCUGAUAUAAAUAAUCAUUAUAAUUAUGUUAUUUUCAGAAGCCCGCUCACUGGGACCACCGCCUUGAGAGAAUAAGAACCGGAAGCUCAAAACUUGAACUCGUGUUUAUCCUCAGAAUAGAUGGAAAGAAAUGACUGUAAUAAGAGGUUUGUAUUUAGAGAUUUAUGGGAUUUGUCGGAGUGAAACACAGAUAUUUCCUCAAGUAUCACUACUUAGAGAGCAGGUAAGUGUGUCUGCAGCUCCCAUCUGGAAACACACACACAUUUGCACAUUUAAUACCAUGUGACAAAACCUCAAAGCAUAUUUCUUUUCUGCAUAAUAACUGAAACUCAUUAGUAAAUUAGUUUUUCAGUAAACACAGCCACCAGAAGUUUAACCUCACUUAGUGGUUACUUAAUCUCUAUCAGGUCAUUAUCAUAACCAUUUCAGACACAUACCAAACAAAGCUGGCCCGUGCUGUUUAUUGUCUUGUUGUCACGGGUGACCUGGCUCUUCCUGAGGCCAGCGCUGGACAGCGAUGGAACACUGCAGCUAUUGGAUUACGUGAGGGAUUUCAAACAGGGAUUAGGCCACUGGGAUGUAGACAGCAUGGGGGCUGCGUGAGCUUUUGCAUCACAGGGGUGUGUUAGGGUGCAUGUGUGUGUGUGUGUGUGUGUUUGAGUGGGAGGGUGGUGUGUAAAAAGUGUGUUGUGCAUCCCAGAGGCCACAGUGUGCAGCUUGUCUCUACUUGGCUCCAUUGUCUUUGGCACGGACCCUCAAACAUGAACCUGUUCUGCCUCUCUCUGGUAAGAUACAUCCUCUUUUGAAUUCCUGUGAUUUUUAGUUUGGUCUGUCAGGAGCACUUGUGUAGUCCCUGCAGCCUUAAAAGAGGUGGUAAGCAGAGGAAACUCAGCGUGCCGCUGUGGGAGAGACUUGUGAUGUUAUUGUUGUUGACAAGGAUCUGAAAUGGACUCUCUGGGGAACGAGCCAAAAUUGCUAAACAACUUUCCCUCUUUGUUAGAUUCAUUAGGUUCUUUAGAUGCAGUCUUCCUCAGCUGCGCCUGCUGCAUUGUGUUGGCUGCUUUCAACUGUAAAUGUAAUAACUUAUCAUAAGUGUAAUUAAUCAUUAUAUAAUGUUAUAAUAAUCCUAUUAACCUAACACAUUUUCCAACAAUUGAUCACCUUUCUAAUGUUAUGUAAUGUAAUCACAGUUACGUAUAGUGCAGAAGUAGCCUACUAUUUCUUAAAUUUCUUAUCACCUAAUAUGUAAGAAAUAAUGAAUGUGCAUCUGCUUGGUCUUAACAUGACAAGCUCAACAAUGUGAUAAUUAAUAACACAAGAAAAUAAAUCAUAAAAAGAGUGCAACUUGUGUGAGAUGGAAGGCGUUUAUCAAUUUGUUAUAAUAGUGGUUUGUUGUUUACAUUUACAGUUGUAACACGGUUGCAUAUGUUCAAUUAGAUAAUGAGUGACCAUUUAUAGUGGUGGAUGGUAAUACCAUGCUGACUCCUCUUCCACUCAGUGCCAGGUUUGGGGCUUUACUCCAAAUUUAGCGACACAAACAGUACAAAUUGUCAUCAGCCUUGUGAACUCAAAAUUGUGAUAACACAAUAGCAUAAGAUGUUCUGUUCACCUGAGCAAACCAGGACAGUUAUGUCAGUGGUUACACAAGUGGUCUCACUAAUUAAGGUUGAACAUGUCUAUAAAUAUAUGUGAUUUAAAAAGAGGAAAGAUAACAACUGAAAAAAAUCAGAUGCUUUAUAUCCAAAACAUUCAACCUAAAACAUAUCAAAAGUUGUCAUAUCCGUAUCACAGUCUCGAUAGUCUAGUCUAGUUUAGAUAAUUGGGCUUCUUGCCCAUCAGUCCCAUCCUGUUCUGUUCAUAAACAUAAUUGCCGAUGUAGCUGAUCCUGCAGAACAAGGAGCCAAUUCACAAAGAGCAGUUUGUAUCAAAAGUUUGUCAAUUAUUUGAGGUUGUAGCCAGGAUUUUAGAAAUACUAAGGGCAUAAAUCUAGAUCCCCCCCAGCAGAACCCCACAAUUAGACUCUGUUAAAAUGUUAUGAAUACUUUAUUUAAAAGAACAUAAUCCAGCAUUUUCUUUUCACAUGGCCAGACACUGACUACGUCAAGGAGUUAAUGGCAGGCUGCUGACAAAAAGUACACCAAAACUAUGAUUAGUAUUGAUUGUACAUGUUUGAGUGACACGCUGUGCAUGUAUAAUAUUCACACCAGUGUAGAUUCCAGACCGUGUUCAUCUUUGGAUGAUAUAAGGCAUUCCAUUGAUUUUUUACUAUUCCUCCUUGAUGAGCCCCAGCAACAGCAUAUAUUCACUCUAAAACUUAGUAUAGAAAGAAUCAGUUGGUGUAGUAUUUAAACCAGGCUGUUGUCACCAUGCAGACUGAUGACUGUUUUUUAUUCCAGGAGGGCUCCACAGAAAGCAUAUAUAAACCAGCCUACAGCCAAACACUAAAGGAAGUUCUACCCAAGUACCAGUGCAGUCCUGCUCUUCUGAGGCGUAAGCCUGAAUGGGGCGGCUCAGAUCCAUCUAUCAAUUUUGGCCGGCCGCAGAGUACAGUAAAAGUAAAAAGGAAUAACAGAAGGUCAUGCGUGCCAACAUCACCCAUGGACAAUAACACAUUAGACAAAGACAUUAAUCAUGUCUGCUGGAUGUCAUCAGGGGACAAGAAGGACUUAUCUCAUCAAAUGAAAGUCCAGAACAGAGAGAUGUGUAAAGCUCCCUGUCAGAGCAGGAUGUUGACAAGAGAUGACAGAGGGAAGGAGCUGAACUCUGACAGGACGCAGACAGAUCUACAAGCUCAGGGGGGUGAAACUGCAGCUGACACAGCAGAAUCAAUACACACCACUGGAAAACUAAAAAAGUUACAGAAUCUGGUGCAAACAAAGAAGGGACAUCAGAGUGGAGCUGGAAAAGGGAAGAGCACAUCUGAGAAUAAUGAUGCAUUGAGCAACAACAAUCCAAUGCUGACCUGCAUCGGGCUGGGGAAGAGAUCAGAGAAGAAGUCCUCUAAAGCCGCUCCGUCACCACUGCAGCAGCAACAACAGGCCAAAGAUGUCCAUGAAGAUUCAGAGGAGGAAGGAGUGUGGAUCCCACAGGCUGGACAUUAUCUGUGGAACCCAUUUGAGUGCCCACAGCCCUGGACUCCCUUACACCACACCUGUCACCAACCUCAGCAUGAACUGAUGGUCGGCGGUGGCACCUUGUCUCUGCCCCGGACGACAGAAUGGGAUCGUUUCGAGAGUUUGAUACAGGAACUGGACAGUAAACAGUCUGAUCUGUCUCCUCCACAAAAGAUCUGCUCCAUCACAGAUCAGCAGCUCUCACAAAACACAUCGACCGGAUUUGGGAGAUUUGAUGUGUUCAGACAGCGCUCGCCUUUAAUGAAACCCCAGGAUGAUGGAAGCUCUCUGCAAAAGCCGGAGCAGAUUGGUGAUCCAACCAAAGUGAGGCUGCAGAGGAGGGAAAAGGAGACCUCAUCACAUAGUGACAGGAAGCACGUCAAGGCGUCGCCAGAGAAAACGCUGACAGCCAUCAGUGUAUGUCAUGCACUCCACAAAGCUUAUAACGGAAACACGCAGAAAGAUGAAGCACAGAGGAGGGAAGCUGGUGGUGGGAGACCAUUUACUAAAGGACACAGGCUGUCCUGUAACUCUCUGGAAAGCCUCUACAGUGGACAAAGCUCCUCAUCAAGUGGAGUCACCAGUGGGUCAGGCUGCUCCAGUAACAGAGACAGUCUGAGGCUGGAUGAGGAUCUAUUGUACACAAAACUGUUCUGUGGAAGAGCCAGAGUCCAUACAAACUUUGUGCCAAGUCCAUAUGACACAGAAUCCCUCAAACUCAAGGUGGGAGAUGUGAUUGACAUCAUCGCCAAGCCCCCCAUGGGAAUAUGGACUGGCAUGCUGAAUGGCAGAAUGGGAAAUUUCAAGUUCAUUUAUGUGGAUGUGCUAACAGAGGAGAGUCCUGAUACACACAAGGACACACAAACCCACAGAGUGAGACAGAAAUCAACUGUCCAGGAAGUGUUAAAGCGCCUCAGUUUGGAGGAGUAUUCCUCGUCUCUGCAGCUGAACGGUUACCAAACAGUAGAUGAUUUGAUGAGGCUAAGGGAGCAUCACCUGACGGAGCUGAAUGUGACUGAUCCAGAGCACAGGCAUCGUCUGCUCGCCGCUGUCGACUCCCUGCAGCAACUGCGCUCUGAUAGGCAGUUGGAGAAUGAGGCCAAUCAAGAGGCCAAGACCCCCAGAGAGAACACAAAGGCAGAUAUGAACAACUGCCCAAGAGACUCCGGCUGCCACAUGCCAUCUGACAGCCCCGACAACAGCACAGAGGACACAGACCUUCACUGUAUCUCUGAAUACCCUCCACCAGCGGAGACAUCAGCUCCCUGAGAAUAAUCCUUACUUUCCAAUGCCUGUUUGAUUCCUCAUGUUACUGUUAAGAUGACUUGUGAACCAAAAGCUGUUUUUGUUUUUUUUAUUUCUUGCAGCUGUGUAAUUUUUAAUUAUGUUCAAUAAUAUGCCGUUGAUGAGCCUUUACCACAGCUAAUCCUCAACUCCACUACUGGACAUGUCUAUAACUUGUAAGAUCAUUUGUUUCAUAAAAUAAAACAUUUAUGAAUUUGU